AAGAUGUAGAACAUGGCAAAGUAGUAGUGGAAAUGAAAACUACGAAUCAGAAUCCUAAAGAACCAAACGAAACUUUAGAUGAACAAGAUGGGCAUUUGGAGCUUCAUGGCCAUGAAGACUUUUGAACCAUGAUAAGAAAGGGACAACAUAUCAAUUUUUCAUGAAAUUUCCCCGAAAGACCAAUUUAUAUGAGGUGUUUGCGAGGUUCAUAAAUGUAACGUGUGGGAAUGGCUCCAGCAUCGCCAUUUUGUAGAAAGAGAGAAAAAGAACUGCUAAAGUUAAUAGUUGGUGAAACAGGAAAAGGAAGAUAUAGUUUUUAUGAAAGUGAUAUACAAAGUAUUCGUAAUAUUAUAGAAGCAAGUAAAAAAUUUCUAACAUACCAAUACUGGAAAGAUAACAAAAUAAGGUCUAUUCUACAUAUAGCCAAAUAUAGUUCCAAACUUAGAUAUGAUAUUAAACAAAUGAUAAUAAAUACGAUUGUAGAUGUCGGGUAUAGAUCAUUUACAUUUUCUGAGAAUUCAUCUUUUAGCGACAAGUGCUACUCCUUGUUUUUUGUGGCCGCUAAAGGCGAUUUCAAGCAACUGAAAAAAAUAGUUACUUAUUUUAGAAAUAAUAAUUUAACCAAAAUACACGAUACUCGUGAAGGAGAUACCGUAAUUUCUUUUAUGAUAAAAUUUGGAGAUCAUGAUCAAAAAGAAUUUUUAAGCUGUUUUAAAUUUAUGCUAGAUGAAGGUAUUGACGUCGAAAGAAUUGAUUAUUAUAAAAAUAACGUAAAAGAAAUUAUUAAGAAAGAAGUUGAAUUUUUAGAGAAAAAUAAUAUUGGUGACGGUUUUAUUGAUAAAUUGAGAAAUAUUCUAGACUAUGUUGAUAAAUUUGCCAAACGAGGAGAAAAUCUUGACACAAUAAUAAAUUAUAAAUAUAAAAUCUUUCAAGCAAUUAUAAAGGACGACAAAAGCUUGAAAGGGUUUUUAAAAAAAGAGUUAAUAGAUUCGGAUGAUGGAGAGAAUACCCUCCUACAACUGGCUAUUAUUAAGAAUAAUGUAGAAAUAACGAAGGAAUUGUUAAACGCGGGAGCGGAUCCUAAUCGUAUAGUUGAAGGAGGGAACGAGGAAGAGCCUCUAGUAUUGGCUGCUAAAUUAGCUAGGGAUAAUAUUUUUAAAGAAAUUUUAAAAAAUAAGAAUACUAAGAUUAACAAGAGCAUGUUUAUAAAGUUCGUGAAAGAAUUAAAAUUGAAAUUCUUAAAUUCUUUAUUAGAAUCUAAAAAUUUGAAUGUUGAUAUUGAAUAUAGAGGAAAAACGCCAUUGCACUACGCUAUAAUAGGAAAAAAUAGAAAAGCUGUACAAUCUUUACUUCAAAGAGGUUCUCUUGUAGAUGACGUUUGUUUACAGAACAUCAAUCCUAAGGAUUUAGAAGAUUAUUUGAAUUCAUGCAUAAAAUCAGACAAUUACAAAAAAGAUAUGGAAGAAGGUAAUUAUAAGUCAUUUCUGGUAUUUGACUUUUUUAUAAAUUCCUGUAGAAAACAUCACAAAACAGAAAAAAGUUAUCAACAUUCUGAUGAAUCGGCAAGACUGUAUAAUAGCAGCUCGAUAUGUUCCAACAGAUUUGAUUCAGAAGUUGCAGUUAUUCGAAACAUUGGAAACAUUAAGAGGCUUAAAUAUCUCCUUGAGCAUCCGUUAGUGUACAUAUAUAUUAUGCUUAAAUGGCAUUGUGUACUGAACUAUUAUUAUUUUUUUGUUAUCGUUAAGUCUAUUUUCUAUUUAAUUAUCGACAGUUUAAUAUACACAGACUCCUUUAAUUUAUGGAUUCUAAUUCCUGUCAUACUGGUUCAGUUAUUAGUUGUCUGCUACAACUAUUCCGAAUUUAAAUUGGAAUUUAGGCGAUACACUUUGCAUUUUAUUUUAGAAAUUCUUAUAUUUUUGUGUCUAAUAAUAAUCUGUUGUUUAAAAUUUAUAAAUUUAGCUAAUUACAAUGGUGUUGUAGGUGUAAUAAAUCAAAUAUCAGCCUUUGUUAUUAUUUUCACAUCUGUAUCCGCUCUAUUAACAGUAGGUUACCAUUUAAAAUUAUCAAAAUGGAUGUCAAUGGCUAAAAGAGUUUUUAAAAAUUUCAGUAUAUUGCUAUUAUUCUUUAUGAUUCCUAUAAGUGCAUUUGCAGCGUCAUUUAACUUAUUACUUCCAGUUAAUGAAAACAGCAACACAACCGAAAGCGACAAUGCGGAUUUUUCCAGUUUUUCUCGAGCACUUUCCAGAACAUUAAUUAUGAUAGGCGGCGAUAUAGGAGACAAAAAAUUUACUGGACCAGGAAGUUACUUACUUUUCCUUUUUUUCACUAUCGGUAUAGCAAUAAUACUACUAAACUUUUGGACUGGUGUUGCAGUUUCUGAUAUUAAAGAAAUCGAGGAACAGUCAACGAUUGUGGCUUUUAAGAAUGUUAUAGUGUUUAUAGAAAGUGCAGAGAUAAUGUACCGGUUUCUUUACAAUAUAAAAUUUAAUACAUGCCUACGCGGUGCGUUCAAAUACGUCCAAGUACCCUUUAUAAAGCCAAGAGUAUAUUUAAAGAAAAAUAACAAUUUUUUAUUUGGCAUCGAUUUUUUCAUUAAUUCUCAGAAACAAUUUAGGAGAAAUACACACUUUGAGAAAUGUAAAAUACCAAUUAAUAUUAUAUCAAAAAUCAAGUCACUUUCUGAAGAAGAAACCGACGUAAAUGUUGAGAAGGCACUGAAGGAAUUAAUCGACAAAACAAAAUCGUUCGACAGUAUCAUGGCGAAAUUGAAUAAACUUGAACAGCUUCUUCAGAACCAAAGUAAUAAAAAUAAAUAAACAUAAAUUUGGAUAAUCUACCUGAUUAGGAGUGUCCCAAUAUUCAUGCAAGAAGUAGUACUGAUAGAAAACGGGUUUUUAAUUAAAAAUUGUAAAUUUUGUAUUGUUUCAUAAUGAUGACAGUAGGGUUAUGAAUCGAAUAGCAUAUCGGGUAAAUGACCUCUACGGCUUUGCUAGCACAUACGUACUCUUUUACCGAAAUUUUCCAUGACCGUUUGCAUAAAUGCGACUAAAUUUCGUUGAUACAGCGUUCAAUUGCCUCCUUCAAGGCGUGGGUGCUAGUGGGCUUGCUGGCAUAAAUCUUAAACUUCAAAAAACCCCAAAGGAAAAGUCCAACAGCGUUAAAUCGCAUGAUCUGGGCGACCAAAACUAGAAAGUACACAAUCAGGAAAUGAUUCAAGCAGUAAUUCAUUUGUUUGUCGGGUUGUAUAGCAUGUGGCACUCUCUUGUUGAAACCAUAUCUUGCAAUUUAGGGACAAAAAACUGGAUUAUCAUGUCACGAUACCGAGCAGCAUUAACUGUUAACCAACCUGUUUAGUUUAUAGGAAAGUGACAUCUUUACAAUGUAGAGAUGAAAGUGAAAAUGCAAAUCUAUUAUUUUUAUUUAAUAUAUUUAAAAAACUAAGAAUAAUGUUUCGCUUGGCAAAUGUCAUCUUUAAUGUGAAUGUAACAAUAAAGAAAUUGAUCUUUGAAAAUAUUGCGUUGGUUGCUAUGACGAGUAGAAAAAAAUCUAAUUUGAAAUGAAAUACGUACUCUUUCCUUUUCUGAAUUUGCCUCAUUUGCCACUGUCGCGACCAUUAUCCACUCAGAAAAUAACAACAUUUUCAUCUUUUUAUUUGCAAAAUAAUUUAAUUAAUUCAUUCAUUCAUUUUCAUUUGCUUCGAACAAAAUCAUGUGCCAAUUCAUUCAUUCAUACUUGGACAGCAGCUGUUUCAAAGCUGUCUAUCUAAUCUUAAGCAAACUAAAAUGUGGAUAAUGUACCUGAUAUUUGUUUAAUUUUUGUAUAUACUUGUAAAUGCAUUAUGCAAAGUUAGUUAUUUGUAAGCAGAAUCCGUUAAUAUAUAUCCUUCUACGUAAGGUUAUAUUUAACAUUCUAUGUCUGUAAGUAUGUACUAUGUAUAUAUACAUAAUUAAUUGUUUCAUAAUGACUGUUAAUUUGUACAUAUUUUUUGCUCUGUGAUCGAGAAUAUAAAUAUAUUCUUCAUAUGUAAUAAUUAUAGAUUGAAUUUAUUGAACUGAAAAAAUAGAU